CAGUGUGCCGGCGCACGCCACUUACCUAUACCUAUACAGCGCGAGACGUUACAGACCACUACUGCCACCGGCUGCAGUAAACAUUACCGUCACUCGCAUUACGCUGAGCGACCGACGACGACGACGACGACGACGACGACACGAAGACACGGAGACUUAGUUUUCGAUAAUAAAUAUUAAAAAUAAAUUAAAUAGUAUAUCCGAUACGAGAUAUUAUUGUACUUGAUCAUUUUUCUGUCCGUCCCUGAUGUGCCGCCCGCGUUCCGUUCGACCGUCGCGAGUGCUGCACACGAACCACCCCGAUCAAAUGACUCGACCGUCGUCAUCGGUUUAGUUUUUUUUUUCAUUUUUUCGUUAUCGAUACGCCUUGCAAACGGACGGUUUUCACUCGCGAAUUCGUUCCCUACACUGCUCUCCUCAGUGCACCACAACACACACGUAUACAUACCCGUGUAUAACGUUACAGGAGGAUUUGAAACGCAAGUACGGUAGUCGCGAUGCGUCCAGAAUUGCCAAUCGGAUUGACGGAGCGACGGCCUCCGUUGGAAACUCAACAGUCAACAAUAUGGACGAGGCGCCAACAAGCUGUAUGUGUAAGACGUGCUUACAAGAAAUAUGGACAGAGCUCAAAUCCACACGUUAUACUUGAUGGGCUUAACAUGACUGUCCCAAAAGGCUGCAUAUAUGGUCUUUUGGGGGCUAGUGGAUGUGGAAAAACUACAUUGUUGAGUUGUAUAGUAGGCCGCAGAAGACUGAACGCUGGUGAAAUUUGGGUGUUGGGCGGUAAACCGGGAUCUGCCGGUAGCGGCGUUCCAGGACCACGUAUCGGAUACAUGCCUCAGGAAAUUGCACUUUACGGAGAGUUUACGAUACGGGAAACUAUGCAGUUUUUCGGCAUGGUAAACGGCAUGACGCCGGAUCAAGUGGAUGACAAAAUAGAAUUUUUACUUAAAUUUUUAAUGUUACCGUCGGCCAAUAGGCCGGUAAAAAAUUUGAGUGGUGGACAGCAACGAAGAGUUUCUUUUGCUGCUGCACUGUUACACAAUCCAGAGUUACUGAUUUUGGACGAACCCACUGUUGGCGUUGACCCAGUUCUUCGACAAGGAAUAUGGGACCAUUUAGUCCAUUUAACUAAGGACGGAGGAACAACCAUUAUUGUAACCACACAUUAUAUCGAUGAGACUAGGCAAGCUCAUAUGAUUGGAUUGAUGAGAGGCGGUAAAUUUUUGGCGGAAGAAUCACCUACAUCGCUGUUACAAAAAUUCAAUUGUCAAUCUUUAGAAGACGUUUUUCUAAAGCUUAGUGUCAUUCAAAACCGUGGAAAACGGAGGCGUAGCAGCAUUUUACAUGACAUAACAGCCGCCAUUGCUGUUCCGGAAUCAUCCCCCGCGCCUGCUGUCGAAGCUCUAAAUUCGAUUUGUGACAACACGUCAGAAAUGAGCGGAGAAUUUGGAGACAGUAUUAGUCCUGUUCCACUAAGUAAGCGUAUGUCUGUAGGUUCUAUGCAAGUCAACAAUGCGGAGAUGGAACUUCCGCCAGAAGUAAACACAAAAAUGAAACUUUUCGACCGAUGCAAAAUAUUUCAGACCCAUCACAUGCGAGCAUUGAUAUGGAAAAACUUUCUGUGGAUGUGGAGAAAUGUGGCGGUUAUGAUGUUUAUUGUCGGACUUCCAGUUGCCCAAAUCGUGUUGUUCUGUCUAUCCGUUGGAAAAGAUCCUCAUGGCUUGCACUUGGCCAUCAUCAACCAUGAAACCAACAACAAAACGUGCCCGCCGCGUCCGACCGGAUCUUGCGAGUUAACUCAACUCAGUUGCCAAUUCUUACAUCAGAUUGAACUACGUCGGCAAGUAUUAGACUAUUUCGACGACGAAGAAUCCGCUUUUCGAGCAGUUAAACGUGGUAAAGCUUGGGGUGCUAUAUCUUUCACUACCAACUAUUCAACAUCACUAAUGCAACGUAUGGAUGAUGGGACGGAUGCAACGGAGUUGGCACUAGAUGAUAGUGUUGUCUCCGUUUGGCUCGACGAAUCGAAUCAACAAAUAUCUAUGCUGCUUCGACGAGAUCUCGUGUUUGCUUUCGAAGAUUUUGCCAAACUUCUGGCGGUGACUUGUAAUUUUAGUACAAAAGUCGUAGCAAGCCCUAUUCAGUUUAAUAAACCCAUAUACGGCCCAUACGUACCAAAUUUUACUGAUUUUGCUGCUCCAGGGGUCAUACUGACGAUUAUAUUUUUCUUGGCUGUAGCUUUAACGUCUGGUGCUAUGUUGAUUGAAAGAAACGAAGGCAUAUUAGAAAGAAGUUUAGUUUCAGGUAUUACGGGGAUUGAAGUACUUUUAGGGCAUGUGGUGUGUCAACUUUUAAUCAUGGUAUUCCAAUCACUGAUGGUUAUUGCAUUCGCAUUGGUGAUUUUUGAUGUUACCAAUGAAGGGGAUGUGUUUUGGAUAUGCUUAUUAACGAUAUUGACUGGACUGUGUGGCAUGUGUUUUGGAUUUGUAGUUUCUUGUGUUACUGAUAGUGAGAGGAAUGCGACUUAUUUGGCCAUGGGCAGUUUUCUACCAAUAGUCAUGCUUUGUGGCAUAAUAUGGCCUGUGGAAGGAAUGCACGCGGUGACAAAAUCAAUAAGUUUUAUUUUGCCAUUAACGCAAUCUACUGAGUCGAUGAGAUCAAUGUUGGCGAGAGGUUGGCCAAUCACAGAACCUUCUGUUUAUAUUGGUUUUUUUUCCACAAUAAUCUGGAUAUUUGUAUUCCUCACAUCUAGUGUACUGUUGAUUAAAUUCAAAAAAGGAUAGUUUAUAUGAACACAUUUUUUUACUCCAAAAUAUGGAUUACAUACAAAUUAAUUGUUAGGUAUCAAUAGUUCUUAGUAACAUACCAUAAUAUAAAGUUCCUUAUAUUAUGCUACAUAUAUCAUAGUGUAAUAUCUCUGG